UUGGGACUUAAUUUCAACUGAAAUUCCUAAAUUCUUACCAGAUGAUAAAGGGUAUAGUAAUCCAAAUAUUGAAACAGCUUAUCCAUUAAUAAAUGGAAUGAUAGAAAUAGCAAGUCAAGAAAUCAAUGUAACAUACAAUAUACCAAUAGUUCCAUCUAUUAACAAUAUUUCAAUAUAUCAAAUAAAUAAUAAUGAUCAGGAUAUUUUGAGGCAAUCAUUCCCAGCUGAUUCCUCAUAUUGUAAAAUAAGUGAUGAUAAAAAAAGUUUGAUUAUUCAAAUCUUAACAAGUACAUUUAAUCUUCCUAAUACAAGCUAUUAUGUAGUAGUUGAGGAUG